AUGGCCUCCAAAGACGCGGCGAGUUUGUCGCCUUUUAUCAAGUGCUGCAUCGUGGAAGUCCAUCCUGAUCGAGCGGAGGAGUUCACCAAUGUCUGUCGAAUCGCUCAGGAACGAUCGAUGAAGGAGGAACCAGGAUGUCUUCGACUGGACAUUCUUCAGAUGGUGGAUGACAAGAAUGCUGCGAUCCCCCACAAGUUCAUUGUCUACGAGAUCUUCGAGGAUGAAGAAGCCUACCAUCAUCACGGUCGACAGCCCUAUUCUCAGGACGUUGGAGCAUUCGUGAAAAGUGGAGGAAUCGCUCAUGAGGAUGCUUAUGUAGCUCAGAAGCUGUUCCUAACGGAGUGA